AUGGCAUAUCCCGGUACCGCACACAAGUACUCCAAACGCCGAGUCGCAUUCGAGCACUCAUACCUUAAUCCUUUUGCUGAUGCGCCAAAUACCAUUCUCUGGGUAGGCGGUCUGGGCGAUGGCCUUCUUACAGUCCCUUAUCCGUCUGAAAUCGCAAAAUCGCUUCCGGAUAAUUGGGUCAUAGUAGAGGUUCUGCUCGGCUCAUCCUACCGCGGCUGGGGCACUAGCUCUCUCUCGCGCGAUGCCCGCGAGCUGGCGGAAUGUGUCUCGUAUUUCAAGCAGUUGCGCCCAGGCAAGAAGAUUGUCGUCAUGGGCCAUUCUACGGGGUGUCAAGAUAUAAUGGAGUAUCUUGUUGGCAAGGGAAAAGAGAAGCGCGAGGCACUCGAUGGUGUUAUUCUCCAGGGUGGAGUCAGUGACCGUGAGGCAUGGGAAGAUUUCGCAAAGGAAGGAGAGAAAAAGGAGGCGUUGGAGCAAGCUAUUAAGCAUACUAAAGAAUUGAUUGAUGCAGGCAAGGGAAAGGAGAUUUUGUCAACAGAGGACAAUGUUGUACUGAAGGAGAUGGGAGGGCCCCUCAACGCAUACCGCGCGCAUUCGCUGCUUGCAAAGGGCGGCGACGAUGAUUACUUCUCAAGCGACCUUUCAGACGAGCAAUUCACCAAGACUUUUGGCAGGAUUCCCAGGACCACACCAGUAUGCUUCUUACUCGGCUCCGAGGACCCAUAUAUCCCUGAUUCGGUCGAUAGAGAGGCACUCCUAGAGCGAUGGACGAAAAUAAUGCGGGGAAGAGGUCGCAUUGUCGACGACGUGGAUGGCGGUGUUAUUCCUGGUGCUCAUCAUAAUCUCGAAGAUGAUCCCGAACAUGUUGUUGAAGACUUGGUGCAGAGAGUUUGUGGCUUUGUUACUGGACUCGAAGAAAGUCGAGCGUGGAAAAAUGUUGGAUCGCAUUUAUAA